AUGCUGCCAUCACAAGAGAUAGGAGUUCCUAUUCCAAAUAUUCCGCAUGCCGUGUCUGUCACAUUACCUACAUGGGAAGCUACUGUAGGGUAUGAAGAGGGUGAAGAUUGGGUGGUUUCUAAAAUGAAUUCUGGUUAUCCUAGAUUUUUUAUUCAUUCCUCGAUUCAAAAGUUGUGUCAAAAUAUUGAAGACAAAUAUGGUAGACCAGGUGAAAGGUGUAUGGUUUAUCCAAGUUAUAAAGUUGCUAAACGAUGUCGAGAAUUUAUCAAGCAUCAUACUGUUAAUCCUAGUAAAUUCAAUGUAAGGGUCUUACAAUUGAGUACUCCUUAUCCAAGCACUGAAAUUGAGAAAUCUACCAUGAUUGGAACCACUUUUGGUGUUAUAUUUUUCCCAAGAUCUGAAUAUCAUUUAGCUAAAAAUUAUUGGCAACAUUCUGGAGAAGGUAUUUCUUCAAGAAUGGGGGAAUACAUUUUGAAGGAAUUAUUCGAGAAAGACACAUCACCAGCAGUUUCAUUAAAGGGGAACUUAAAACAAGAGUUUCAAACCAGACAAAUCCAGAGUCGUUCACCUUCAAUUACAGCUUCAAGAGCAUCAAGUGUCGUUGGCAAUGGAGCAGACGAUGUGGUUCGUGAUUUCGAUAAUUUUAUUGAACAAAAAUAUGGCCGUGUUUUGGAUUUGAAAUUUGCAGUUGAAGCAAAGGCAGCUUUGAAAAGAAGAAUUGCUGGGAAAGUUGACCAUUCGACAAGUAUUAGUCCAGAAGCUCUAGAAAAAGCCAAGAGAGGGAAACAUUUAAGUGAUGAUGAUGUAUUUUUGUUUCCUUCUGGGAUGGCAUCCAUUUUCUAUGCUCACCAUGCAUUAUUGAAUAUUUUUGGAACCCCAAAGAAGUCCGUUUGUUUCGGAUUCCCAUAUGUUGAUACUUUGAAUAUUUUGAAGAAAUUUGGCCCUGGAGUUCAUUUCUUGGGAUUAGGUGAUGAUGAAUCAUUAAAUGCUUUGGAAGAAAAUUUAAAUAAUGGAUUAGAAAUAAUGGCACUUUUCUGUGAAUGUCCGUCAAAUCCACUUUUGAAAACUCCAAAUUUAGUAAGAAUAAGAAAAUUAGCAGAUAAAUUUAACUUUGCUGUUGUGGUUGAUGAAACCGUUGGGAAUUUCAUAAACAUUCAUGUGUUGCCGUUUGCUGAUAUGGUUGCGUCAUCAUUAACCAAAGUUUUUUCUGGAGAUUCAAAUGUUUUGGCUGGCUCAUUACUUUUGAAUCCAUUAUCUAAAUAUUAUAAUGAUUUGAAAGCAUUUUUUGAUAAGGAAUAUGAAGACUUGUUUUGGGCUGAAGAUGCCCUUUGGUUAGAAAGAAAUUCUCGUGAUUUUGUUGAAAGGGUUCAUAAAAUUGAUUCCACAUCUGAGAAAGUUGUUGAUUUAUUGGUGAAUUCACCAUUGAUUGCAAAGGUGUACUAUCCAAGUAUAUCUGAAUCAAAAAAGUAUUAUGAUCAAAUCAAAAAUGAAGAUGGUGGAUAUGGUGGUUUAGUAUCAUUUUUAUUUAACAGUCCUGAACAAGCUAUCAAAUUUUUCAAUGCAGUCAACUUACAUAAAGGUCCUUCCUUAGGAACAAAUUUCACAUUAGCAUGUCCAUAUGCCAUAUUAGCUCAUUACCAAGAGUUGGAUGAAAUAUCCCAAUGGGGAGUAGAUAGAAAUUUGAUUCGUAUGAGUAUUGGAUUAGAAGACCCAGAUGUUUUACUCGAUGUUUUACAAAAAAGUUUAGAGGAAAGUCAAUAG